ACAAACAAGUGAAAUUAGUGGAAUGGACUAAACCACUAACAACAAGGAGAUGGAUUCCUUGUAAUUGUGAAACACGCACACAACAAGGUUAUCAAGCAAAUUACAUGGCAUCGAAAGGUCACUUUCAAGCGAGCGGCCAAGCUGUCUUGAUUCAUCAACUCUCGCAACAUCAAACACAGCAACCAUUUCGCAGGAGUAGGGGUCUAGUUCAGC